AUUCCAAAUGCAUCAUGGGAAACGUGUCUCCUGUUGCUUUCCUAUGUUCUUUUUCCUUUUUUUCCUCCCUUCAUUUUAUUGCGAGAACAACGCUUUAGAGACUCAAGAAUAAAUUCUUGUUUUCACGCUUCCAUUGGUCACUUAGUUUCCAAAGGUAAUCUUUAGUAGCCAUGGCCCGUACAAAGCAGACUGCCCGUAAGUCCACUGGAGGCAAAGCCCCACGUAAACAGCUGGCCACAAAGGCCGCUCGUAAGAGCGCUCCCUCCACUGGUGGUGUCAAGAAGCCCCAUCGUUACAGGCCUGGUACUGUGGCUCUGCGUGAGAUCCGUCGUUAUCAGAAGUCCACUGAGCUGCUGAUCCGCAAACUGCCGUUCCAGCGACUGGUCAGAGAAAUCGCUCAGGACUUCAAGACCGAUCUGCGUUUCCAGAGUGCAGCCAUCGGAGCUCUGCAGGAGGCCAGUGAAGCCUACCUGGUCGGGCUGUUUGAGGACACCAACCUUUGCGCCAUCCAUGCCAAGCGUGUCACCAUCAUGCCUAAAGACAUCCAGCUGGCACGCCGUAUCCGUGGGGAGCAAUCUUUAGUAGCCAUGGCCCGUACAAAGCAGACUGCCCGUAAGUCCACUGGAGGCAAAGCCCCACGUAAACAGCUGGCCACAAAGGCCGCUCGUAAGAGCGCUCCUUCUACAGGUGGUGUCAAGAAGCCCCAUCGUUACAGGCCUGGUACUGUGGCUCUGCGUGAGAUCCGUCGUUACCAGAAGUCUACUGAGCUGCUGAUCCGCAAGCUGCCCUUCCAGCGCCUGGUCAGAGAAAUCGCUCAGGACUUCAAGACCGAUCUGCGUUUCCAGAGUGCAGCCAUCGGAGCUCUGCAGGAGGCCAGCGAAGCCUACCUGGUGGGUCUGUUUGAGGACACCAAUUUGUGCGCCAUCCACGCCAAACGUGUCACCAUCAUGCCCAAAGACAUCCAGCUGGCACGUCGUAUCCGUGGAGAACGGGCCUAAAUGCUCUAUUCUCUUGAUCUUCCUUUCCCCUCUUCCCAUCCUCCCUUUACCAGUCUGUUUCUCCGUACCUCGGCCCCUAAACCUCUCCCUCCCUCCCCCUCUCCCACCCUGUGUUAGUAGUGUGUAGAGGAAAACUGAUUAUAUUAUGGAUAAAGUGUAUAGUCGUGUUUUCUUAGUGCUCUCGGCAGCAGACUUUUAGGGUACUCUCUUUUUGUGCAUGUACCAAAGCUUUGGCGAUGAGAUCUCCUCAAGCACAUUUCUCCUUGUUUGCACUGUUUCUAAUCAGAGGCUGUUAGGUAAAGGAUGAUUUCAGGAUGAGUAGGAGGAACUAUGGAUUAGAACAAAGCAAAUUUCUGGAGCGGACGGACAGGAGGAGAGGAUGGGUAUUUGUCUGCUGGAGACUCCUGUCUCUUAUAGCAGCAGGGUGCUAGAAGAACUUCCCCGCUCCUCUUCCCCUGUUCUUUUCCUCUGCCUGCCCCACCCAGGAAUAACGGUGCAUGAGUGUUGGCUCUGAUCACCACAGUCAAUCGUAUACAAUCCAUCAGCAUCUUUGGAUUUGCUUUAUGACGACCAUACUGAUCCUUGCUAUCAUUUGUCAUGUUAGUUUUUGUCCUGCAGAUAAAUCUCACUCGAGAUUUUAGUUUGUGCUUCGAUCUAUGUUUGGAUGACAUGGAGAUGGGGGGAUGGAUCAGAUGAAAACACAGACAAAGAACAAAAAAAAAUCAAAUUUAAAGUGAUCUUUUUCUACUGAAACAUGAAGCUACUGACUCAUUUUGGCACCAAAGUUUGAUCCUCUUGUCGACACUCUUUCCUAACUGAUAGAAGAGUUAAACAUGUCUCUUUUUUGGUGAUUUGAUUGGUUUCCUGUAAUUAGUAAGAUCAUGAGCUCCAGUGGAGAAACUUUUUUAACAGUGGCUCAUUUUUUAAUGAAGGACCUUUUUAUGAUAAAGGUUCAUUUAAGUUUAUAAUCAUCUCUAAAACCAAAAGCUCUUAAGAGUGUUACUUUUUAAAAAAAAUACAAAAUACCUGAUUAAAAUGUGAAAAAUUUGUGUAAAUCUGUGUGAAAUUACUAAUCAUACUGGAUGUUUUCUGUAUACGUCCCCCCUUUGCUUCUAUUGUUUUUUCCUCCAGGUCUGUCGAUCGUCUGUAUACCGUCUCUCAGGUUGACUUUUCACCUUUAUCACUUAAUUUUUUUUUUUUUUUUUUUUUUUUCUCGGUUUUAAUUUUUUCUUUUCAUUUGAAAUGUUGAGGAUAUUGUUUCAAUUAAACAGAUGUUUGUAAUUUCCAGAUUUGUCAUAUAAGGUGGUAAUAAAUGG